UCAAUAACCUAGUCACUCUAGCUGGAAAUCAUUAAAGCAUCGAUUGCAGUGUUGUAACAAAAAAACAAAUAGGGACGACGAACACCAGGAAAUUUGAGGUUUUGAUCAGGACGGUGCAGUCUGGAAGCGGGAAAUUCGAGAUAUCAAAGUGGAAAUAUUUCUCCAGUCCCAACUCCCACUAGUAAUAUACAACUAGGAAUCCAGUAACAACUCUGCAGACAUGGCGAAUUUAAUACUCUUUGGAGCUGCCCUUUCUUUCCUGGGGCAAAAUGUGAUUCAUCUCAUUCAUCGAACUAAACCAUUCAGUGUGGCAGAACCUAUAGAGCUUAUCAAGUGCCAGCUACUGAAAGGAAUAGAGUUUGGGUCAGAAGACAUAGAAAUUAGCCCUAACGGACUGGCCUUCAUCAGCUCUGGAAUGAAACAUCCUAGUGUGAAGAGCUUUGCACCUGACAGACCCGCAGAAAUAUUACUGGUAGAUCUGAAUGACGAAGAGCUGCAUCCGACUCCACUGAGUAUCAGCAAAGGGUUUGACAUUUCUACAUUUAACCCUCACGGACUCAGCAUUUACAUUGAUGAGAAGGACAACGCUGUCUAUCUUUUUGUGGUGAAUCAUCCUCAUCAUAAAACCACCAUUGAGAUAUUUAAAUUUGUAGCGGAGGAAAAUGGUCUUGUGCACCAGAAAACAAUUAAACACCGGCUCCUGUACAGUGUGAAUGACAUUGUUGCAGUUGGACCUGAGAGCUUCUAUGCCACUAAUGAUUAUUACUUCACGGAUGGCAAUCUGAAAGAAAUGGAAACGUUAAUUGGAUUAACGUGGACAAACGUGGUAUAUUACAGUCCCGGUGAUGUCAGAGAAGUGGCAUCAGGAUUGUACAGUGGAAACGGAAUUGCCAUGUCAACCAAUAAAAAGUAUAUCUAUGCUGCUGAUCUCACGGGUCAUACAAUUAAUGUGUUUGAAAAGCAUUCAAACUGGUCACUUUCUUCAGUAAAGGUGGUUGAUGUGGAUAUAAUCGUGGAUAACCUGUCAGUAGACCCAGUUACCGGGGAUAUUUGGACGGCGGGGCAUCCAAAUAUGUAUAGUGUGUUUUUGUAUGAUGAAGACAAUCUCCCUGGAUCAGAGGUUAUCCGCGUACAGAACAUUCACUCUGACAAUCCCAUCGUGACCAUGGUGUAUGCCAACAACGGGUCAGUGCUUCAGGCGUCGUCCUGCGCUGCUAGAUACAAGAAGAAGCUCCUUGUGGGCUCAGUAUUCCAUAAGGCUCUGUUCUGUGAGCUAGACUAAUUUAACAAGCCCAGACGCUGCCCAAGGGGCAAACGGAACCUCGUUCUGUGAAUUACAACGUACAAAAUGCACUAUGUGGUAAUGUGGUAUUGUCUGCCUGCAGCGGCUGCUGGUCCUCAGAGGGGUUCUGCGCUUACUGUACAACAGCUGUUACUGAGGACACAAGGGAUAGGACUGUUGUUGACCUUCGAUAAAAUCUUUUUAAUGCAAUAUUGAACCAAUAAAAACAAUAUAAAGCAUCAA